CUUUCAUCUUUCAUCUACCAUCCAUAUCGAGCCACCGAUAUAAUCUGCAUCCCCCGAACCAUGAUAUAAUUCCUGGGAAAUUGACUUCAAGUGGCUUAAUGUGGUUGGUAAAAGGCCCGCUGCCAAGAUGGACCGCGAUCAGGGAGCAGCAACCACAAAUCUCCUAGAUCGGGAGAAUCGCAUCAUCGCCGAUGUCCUCUCUCACUUUCGAGACCUCGUCGUCCUCGCGACGGAGCCCAUCGACAACACGGCGUCGGCAGGCCAAGCUGCCUACAGCAGCAUGGCCAUGGAGAUAGAGACCAAGGGUCUGAUCAGGUCCACAGAAGACCUUCUACAGCUGACCCGCCUCCUCCGCGAGCUAUGGAUUAUUGGUCCACUACGCAAGCCCGGCGAGGGUGAGCAGGAGGCAGAGGCGCGCAUCGACGUCGAGGUGGGCGAAGUCGUCGGGCUGCUGAACCGGCUACGCGAGCAGUCGAGGCAGCGACUCGUGAGCGAGGGCGGCGGGCACGGGAAGUAUGUCGCGGCUGCGGGGGAGUCGAAGAACCAGGGCGCCGCCGUACCGAGAGAACAGGGGCUGUCGCAAACUCAGCAGUGAUGGAUGUGGGCUGGAGGCAUGGUCAGAUAGCAAUGGUAGAUGAUUAUAGCGAUGCAUGGCCUGAGCGCCAGGAACGCUUGCAUCUUGGGUUUUACGUCCAUUUCGAGGCUGGAUAGGUAGGAAAGAGGGGAAAAUGCCGAAAAAAAAGUGCAGCCAUCUACAAUGAUAUCAUGAUGGUUUGUAUGAUUUGCAUCAAUGUGUACAGUACCAUUUAUUUGAUUUAUUUAAUUUGCGUUGCACGGGGUCCAAGCAAUAGUAAAAAUACACAAUCUGGCGAUACCAGUAGCCUUAGA